AUGCAGAAGGGAAUGCGACUCAAUGAUGGCCAUAUCACCUACCUGGGUCUUUUGGCAAAAAAGGACGGCACGAGGCGGGGCUGCUUAAGUAAGAAGAGCUCGGACAACACGAAAUGGCACUCCAAGUGGUUUGCGCUGCUGCAAAACAUGCUGUUUUAUUUCGAGAAUGAAUCGAGCUCGCGGCCCUCGGGAUUGUACCUGUUGGAGGGCUGCGUGUGUGACCGCUCGCUCUCACCCAAGCCGUCGCUCUCCGCCAAGGAGUGUUUAGAAAAACAGUAUUAUUUCACAAUCAGCUUCAACCAUGAAAAUCAGAAAGCUCUUGAGCUUCGGACUGAAGAUGUGAAGGACUGCGAUGAAUGGGUAGCAGCAAUAACACAUGCCAGCUACAGAAAUCUGGCCACGGAGCAUGAGACUUUAAUGCAGAAGUAUCUCCACCUGCUUCAAAUUGUGGAGACCGAGAAAACAGUUGCUAAGCAACUUCGACAACAGAUAGAGGAUGGGGAGAUUGAAAUCGAACGCUUAAAAUCUGAGAUUGCCGGACUGCUUAAAGACAAUGAGAAGAUCCAGUGCAACCCCACCAGUGUCCCCAGUGAAGAUGACUCUGAAAUCAAGAAAAUUAAGAAGGUACAGAGUUUCUUGCGUGGUUGGAUGUGUCGGAGGAAGUGGAAGACCAUUAUCCAGGAUUACAUUCGCUCACCACAUGCUGAAAGCAUGAGGAAGAGAAACCAGGUGGUAUUUAGCAUGCUGGAAGCUGAGGCUGAGUACGUCCAGCAGCUCCACAUCCUUGUCAACAAUUUCCUUCGUCCACUCCGCAUGGCUGCCAGCUCCAAAAAGCCACCCAUCACUCAUGAUGACGUCAGCAGCAUUUUUCUCAACAGUGAAACCAUCAUGUUUUUACACCAGAUAUUCUAUCAAGGCCUGAAAGCACGAAUAGCAAGCUGGCCAACAUUAGUAUUGGCUGACCUGUUUGACAUUCUCCUGCCCAUGCUGAACAUCUACCAGGAGUUUGUUCGUAAUCACCAGUACAGCCUGCAGAUCUUGGCACACUGCAAACAGAACCGUGAUUUUGACAAGCUACUGAAGCAGUACGAGUCUAAGCCUGACUGUGAGGAGCGCACUCUGGAGACCUUUCUCACAUACCCCAUGUUCCAGAUACCACGCUACAUUUUGACUCUUCAUGAACUGUUGGCACACACACCUCAUGAACAUGUGGAGAGAAAUAGUUUGGAAUAUGCUAAGUCCAAGCUGGAGGAACUUUCCAGAAUCAUGCACGAUGAAGUAAGUGAAACAGAGAACAUCAGGAAGAACCUGGCCAUUGAGCGCAUGAUCGUGGAGGGCUGUGAGAUUCUCCUGGAUACUAGCCAGACUUUUGUCAGACAAGGAUCAUUAAUCCAGGUGCCCAUGAGUGAGAAAGGGAAGAUCACUCGUGGCCGUUUGGGCUCCUUGUCUCUGAAGAAAGAUGGCGAGAGACAGUGUUUUCUUUUCUCUAAACACCUCAUCAUCUGUACCAGGGGCUCUGGAGGCAAGUUGCACCUCACCAAGAAUGGAGUGGUUUCACUAAUUGACUGCACGUUAAUUGAGGACCCCGAAAACACAGAUGAUGAAUCAAAAUCAGACAAGAACAGCCAAGAUAUGGAGCACCUGGACUUUAAAAUUGUGGUGGAGCCUAAAGACAGCCAGUCCUUCAUCAUCAUCCUAGUUGCCUCCUCAAGGCAAGAGAAGUCAGCCUGGACCAGUGACAUCAGCCAGUGCAUUGACAACAUUCGUUGCAAUGGCCUUAUGAUGAAUGCUUUUGAGGACAACUCAAAAGUUACUGUGCCACAGAUGAUCAAAUCUGAUGCCAGUCUUUACUGCGAUGAUGUGGACAUCCGCUUCAGUAAGAUGAUGAACUCGUGCAAAGUGUUGCAGAUCCGCUAUGCCAGCGUGGAGCGAUUAUUGGAGCGUCUGACUGACCUGCGCUUCCUGUCUAUUGACUUUCUCAACACCUUUUUGCACUCAUACCGCGUCUUUACCACUGCAGAUAUUGUACUCGACAAGCUCAUUGCCAUCUACAAGAGGCCCAUCAGUGCCAUCCCAGCUCGCUCUUUAGAGCUGUUCUUUGCCAGCAGCCAGAAUACUAAGUUGCUAUAUGGUGAACCACCCAAGUCGCCCCGUGCCAGCCGUAAGUUCUCCUCACCUCCUCCACUGGCCCUUGGCAAGACCUCUUCUCCAAACAGGCGACGCAAGCUCUCACUGAACAUCCCUAUCAUCACAGGCGGCAAGGCACUGGACCUCGCUGCACUUACUUGUUCCUCCAAUGGAUAUGCCAGCAUGUACUCAGCCAUUACACCUUUCAACAAGACCACACUGGAUAUCAACAAGCUCUAUGUGUCCAACACUAUCACCAGCAAGAUCAGUGAUGAGACAGAGGGCAAAUCUGAGCAAGCAGAGGAUCCCUCACUUGGUAAACAGGAUAUUUCAGUGACAGAGGAAAGUGACAUCGAGCAGGUCCAGAGUGAUGAGGCAGAAGCAGAGGCUUCACCUACCAAAUCACCUACAACACCAAAAAAUGUCAAAUACAAAACCUCUUCAGAUUUCUCCAUGUUUUCAUGCAAUAAUGGCAUGAUGUCAUCUUGCCGAGAAAUAGACAACAACCGCAGUGCACUUUCGGCAGCAUCUGCUUUUGCUAUUGCCACGGCUGGUGCCAAUGAGGGCACACCAACCAAGGAGAAAUACCGCCGCAUGUCCCUGGCUAGUACAGGGUUCCCCACAGACCAGAGGAAUGGGGAUAAGGAGUUUGUGAUUCGCCGGGCAGCAACUAACCGAGUACUUAAUGUCCUGAGGCACUGGGUGUCCAAACAUUCCCAGGACUUUGAGACCAACACAGAAUUAAAAAUGAAUGUGAUCUGCUUCUUGGAAGAAGUUAUGCAUGACCCUGAGCUGCUGACUCAAGAAAGAAAAGCAGCGGCGAACAUCAUAAGGACUCUUACACAGGAGGACCCUGGUGACAAUCAGAUCACUCUUGAAGAUGUGCUACAGAUGGCUGAGGGUGGGAAAGCAGAACCCUUUGAGAACCACUCAGCUUUGGAAAUUGCAGAGCAGCUCACUUUGCUGGACCACCUGGUUUUCAAAGGCAUCCCAUAUGAGGAGUUCUUUGGCCAAGGAUGGAUGAAGAAUGACAAAAAUGAAAAGACACCCUACAUCAUGACAACGACCAAGCACUUCAAUGAUGUAAGCAACCUGAUUGCAUCAGAGAUACUACGCUGUGAAGACAUGAAUACACGGGUGGCUGUGAUGGAGAAGUGGGUGGCAGUAGCUGACAUCUGCCGCUGUCUCCAUAACUAUAAUGCUGUGCUGGAGAUAACCUCAUCCCUCAAUCGCAGUGCCAUUUUCCGCCUCAAGAAGACCUGGCUCAAAGUUUCCAAACAGACCAAAACAGUUAUUGACAAGCUGCAGAAGUUGGUCUCAUCUGAGGGAAGGUUCAAGAACCUAAGAGAGGCUUUAAAAAAUUGUGACCCUCCAUGUGUACCAUACUUGGGGAUGUACCUCACAGACCUAGCAUUCAUUGAAGAGGGUACUCCAAACUACACAGAAGACAACUUGGUUAACUUUUCCAAGAUGCGAAUGAUCUCCCAUAUCAUCAGAGAAAUACGACAGUUUCAGCAAACAGCAUACAAGAUUGAUCAUCAGCCAAAGGCAGCCCAGUAUUUGCUAGACAGUAGCAACGUGUUGGAUGAAGAAAGUAUGUAUGAAGCCUCACUCAGAAUUGAGCCCAAAGUGCCCAAUUGA